ACCCCCAAUUGCUCCAAUCUGCAGGACGGCAGGGGUUCAGUCGGAUGUGUCUGUUGGGCGCGAAAAACAAUAAGAUUCGGAGGAUAAUUAACCACGCCAAUUCAACUUACUAUUUCUACUUUUGCUGUCUUCGCGCCGUCUUAUAAACUCAGUCUUUGGAAAGCCCUCGUCAAAAUGGCAGUCGAGAAUACGACAUGGCGAAACAACGUCUGGCUAGUGUGGUUUUACAUCGUGUUUCCCAUCACUGUCUUAAUCGAUCUCCAAGAGGUCAUCUACCCAUCCUCUCUCCUCGUCCCAGCUGACGCGCCUCUGCACUUCGCCUACAAAGCCAAACAAGACUACAUCGCCAAGUUCAACGACCCCAUUGUACAAUGGUCGCCCGAAACAGCCUCCGGUCAUGACAGCUGGAUGGGGCUUUUUAUACACUUCGAGUUCUUUUUUCUUCUCCCCGUCAUGAUCUACGCCAUGUACAAGAUGGGGAUCAGGCAGAAGGGAACGAGCGGCCCCGACGAGCUACUCUUCUUUGUGUAUGCGCUUUACAAUGCACUCACCACAGCGGUCUGCAUUCACGAUACAUUUUAUUGGGACAAGACUAUCUGGGCGGACGAGAGUCAGCUGUGGACGCUGAGAUCAGCGUACUAUGCGCCGUUUGUGUUCAUCCCUCUCCUCGGGGCGUUUGACAUGGGUUCACGCAUUCUAUCCCGGUUCAAGGCGGCGGAUGCGGCGGCAGAAUCGAAGAAGGCCGAGUGAAGAUUGGCUUGGGGCAACCCAUCGCCUUGGCGACAUCGUCGGAAGUAACUGGGCAAAACGUUUGGGCCGGAAGUCGUGGUAUUGAGAACCCAAGGCUGUGUGAUGUCUGAGUAUGGACCAGGCAAGGUUAAAUAGAAAGGAGGGAGAGGGAAAACACCCGUGGGCUGCAUCUGGAUCAAUUUUUUGUGAGCAAGUUCCAAGCUUUGCAAACGCUCCAAAUGUAUGCAAAUGAUGCCUAGAAUAAGGUAGCUAAGGUAGAUGUAAGAUACAAAUACGAGUGUUCUCUCACAUCCGUACGUAGCUACCUUUGAUGCACCAGAAAUAUAAACAAUGAGAUGGAGUAGCUGGAAAACA